AUGUCUUUGAAGAAAUAUACCGUAAGCGACUUGCUCAAAGUGAGAUACGCUACCGACUCAUCUCAAGAUACCUUUUUUCAAUGGGAAGGUUCCAUUUUCGCGUUUAUUCCAGGCCAAGCACCUAAAAAGAUAUUCAAAUGUAUCGGUAUGAACGUCUCCAAGGCCAAGAUUGAGGACAACAAACUCAAAGUCAGUGGAAAAGAACUCACUUACUAUCUUGACCCCACGACUGGUGCAAAAUUGGAUCGUUGGGACAAUCCAUGGACUGAAGAAAAGAAUCUGCCAGUUGUCCAUAUCGCCAAUGACCCUGUGCAGAUGGCUCUCCCCACGUUUAUUCCUAUGGAUGUUCGCCACAACAAAUUCAGCGGAUCGGCAGCGAUUGUCACCGAGAUUCCUUUAUUUUAUCCCAACCCUCUCGCUGUAGAAGAUCACAAGUUUGAUGCCUUUGAUAGCAACAAAAUGUACCAAGCAGGCGAGUUCUUUACAUUCAAGUGUGAUGCCCAACAGCUGGAUCAAGCAGACACCAUCGACCAAGUAGAAGUCAACUGGACUCGUGUAUCCAAGUUUGCACCCUUCAUGAAGAUGGGAGGCAAAGAAGGCUAUUUGGUCUAUCAUUGUACUGGCUACAAGCUGCCUCAACAUGCUACUGCGGAUGAUCUUGAUGCCAUGUUGGCCAAGGAAAUCAAAGACACUGUACCUGAAUACGCAGCUGCAGAUGAGUAUAAUCCUGAAGCUCAAAACGUAUCUAGUUGGUCCUACUUUAAGCAGCAUUUUGAUCGCUAUCAGAAUGAACCUGAGGCCACUUGGCCUAUUCCUUCAAGAGAAUAA